AUGGAUAGCGUUGAAAAGGCGUUGUCUUGGUUUAGUGAGACUGAUCCUUUUCCGUUAGGGAAAUCAUCGUGUUUCCAAGAUAGGCCAGCCUCCUCAGCUGCCCCUGUUAAAAAUAGCCGUUUUGCGGCGAAUAGUAGUGCGUCUUUUAACAGUCCUCAAGGCGGUAAAAUUGGCUACCGAUCACGCUCUUCGCCAUCAUAUCGCGCUUCGAAAUCUCACGCGACUACAAAUAAUGGUAAAGACUGCAAUUCUCCCCAGGUGUCUCGCGCGUCAAGGCUGGCGGCAGCAAAGAACCCUCAAUUUCGAACAAAAAGUCAAAUAGGUAGGAAUAUCGAUCCUCCCGUGUUAGAGAUCGCUGACAUGAGUUCAACCACCUUUCUUGCGAGCGGGGCUCCUUCUUCAACUUCUCCAUCGCAUGAGCGUCUCACUUCACCCAUGGUCGUCUCUACGGACGUUGUCGAACCCUUUGUACCAAGCUCCAGGCAGCAAAACGUAGCUACAAGACGGCCGAGAAGUCAGCCUCGGGACCACCCCUCUGUGCUUUCUGGAUCGAAUACGUUGUUCCCGAAAGCACAGGCAAUGAUGCCGGUGGUGCACAUUCGAAUCAGGCCUCUAUUGUCCUCCAUGGGGGAGAGCAGCAGGCAUCGGCGUGUGUGGUUUCUUGAUCACGAAAACAUGGUAGUACGUGCGACUGCAUCUUUGUCAUCACCGCUUCCACAGUCUAAACAGGAGGGGUGCCUCCUGCCGCCACCAUCUCUUUCAAGCCUCAACGCGUUGGCCUCCUGCAACGCAAGCAGCGACCCCCCCAUAUGGAGCUUCUUUAAUCCAUUUGUGCCCUAUAGCCACUUGCAAGCCCACAACAGUCCAUCUAGUGAAGCUCACUUCCGUGGUCAGCCGCUGAACGGCAUCAUGAAUUUCCGAGCUGGGAGUGAGAGUAUGGGGAGGCUUUCUCCUACGUUGGAGUUGUCCACACCUACACAGCAAACCUUAGAUCCUUUCAAUCGGUCAAUAACGCCGUUUAGUAACACGUCCUUGGUACCUCCUUCUAUUCGAAUGGAGCAAGCAAAUACCCGUAGUGUCCACAGCCGUAGCCGUAGCCGUAACUUAGCAACCGGACGUCAGCCCAUCUCUGGGCGGUUGCAAGCAUCCUCGAUGGAGAUGCAUUCGGAUCCAUUACUCGAUCCUAAUCAGGGGAGAGGGGGAACACAUGCCAAACAUAGAAAAAGGGGUGGCUUUCCCCGCAAUGGUGCCGCGUCCGUCGCUGUCUCUAAGAAGCGAGAUAACUUGCCGACGGGCAACUUGCCCUCAUUGGGAGAGAACGCAAAGAAUAACGCCGAUAAGCAUUUUCGUUUUGAGUUUAUCUACGACGAGGACUCAACCCAAGAGGAAGUGUUUGAGGAGAGUAUCUUGCGGAUUGCCGACGAGGCAUUACUCGGUCGCAACGUCAGCAUUUUGUGCUAUGGGCCCACUGGAAGCGGCAAGACGUACACCAUGAUGGGCAACCACAACAGUAAAUUUUUCGGAACGAUAACACCGUCGUCAAAGUCUCAGAGGCAAAGGCAAGAGGAUAUUCUGUUGUCAUUUUCUCCCUAUAGAAGUCGUCAUGUUGACGAUAAUUCACACUGGAGUCAUUGCACUCGGGAUUCUAGAAGGGACCGAUCGAAAGGAUGGAAUGCAGGCUUCUGGAAUAAGAAAGAGCGAAUAUCAAACUCGCGAAUCAGUUCUAGCGAUCAAAAAUCAGCUCCUACAGGGCUGUCCACAUUAGCAACGGUUACAUUGAGAUCGGACAACACCCCUCUAGAUGCGAGUCAGGGUAGCUUGGGGCGUUUAUCUGAGGAAGAAUAUGGAGAGUUGAAUUCCUUUGACAACACGCAUCGGCGUUGGCCUCAGGAAUUCUUAAUGAAGGUGAGAAAUGACGGGCAUCCGAAGCCGGACAGCUGCAUAUCAGAGGAUAUGGGUAUUCUUCCUCGGUUGGUUUGCGUCCUACUCGAUCGCCGUGGUAAGGCGGUGAAAUAUUCCAAGGAGUAUAAUGGCGCUGCCGCUUCUCCUGACAAUAUUCGUCACACGAUGAAUCAGUCGGUGCAUGCUGGUGCAUUAUCUAAGUCGAACCCCCCGGAGCGCCGCACCGGAACCGUCUCGUUAACUCUACAGGACCUCACUUUCUACGGAAUUGAGCUGUAUGUCGAUGGGCUUUACGAUCUGAUGGAUCCCGGUAAGCGACCAAUCACUAACGUUAGCGAUACCGGUGGACUAGUGUCUCUGUGUAAGCAACUUGAUCAAGCACGUGAGGAGGCAGCCGCAGCUGCGUCUCGGCAGAAUGGCGGAUCGGGUGGGAAGAAGACGGGAGGAGGUAUUCCUAUCACGUCGCUUAUGGACCUCUCUCACGCGUAUCGCCUUGCUCGCCGAAACCGCAUCAUAUCUGUGCACGCCCGAAACGACACCAGUUCACGUUCUCAUGCGGUUUUCAUCAUCCAGGUAGGAUUUUCCCUUUGUGAAGAUGCGAUAGUGGCAAAGGAAGUUGGUGGAAGCGAUAAUGGUGUCAGCACUACAUCGGGAAUCACGGAUACCGGGGGCAAAAGUGCAGCACAGCGCCGAACUAUCACAUCUUACGUCGCGAUGGUUGAUCUUGCUGGAUGUGAGCGACUCAAAGUCACGCAGGUCAAGGGCCCCGCCUUGCGUGAAGCGCAGUACAUCAACAAGUCCCUUUCCGCACUAUCCUCCGUGGUGCUGGCGCUCUACCACCACUCAAAGCACGUGCCGUACCGGGACUCAAAAUUGACUCGAAUACUUCGGCCUUGUCUUGAGGGAGGUCGCGUUCUGGUUCUCGUGCACGUCUCACCUUGCUCGGGAUUGGAGACGUUCAACAGCCUCCGUUUUGCCGACCAGGUGCGGCACGCGAACUUUCAAGUCCAUCACCUCAACGAUGCCAUUAAAAAGCGCGGGUUAAUGGAUAUUUUUGAGGACAUCGUUGACCCGGAACAGGGCCGGUUGGAGCGCGCUUUCCAGCAGAUGCAGAAAUACUAUGAUUGCCUCUGUGCAGAGGUGCGGUUGGCGUACAUGACGUGUAUUGACCGCGUCGUCUCUAUAGCUAAUUGCACCGCUACAGCUUUUUCUCCGCUACGCGGCAUCUCCGCCCCUGCUGAAAACCCUUCUUCAGUACAUUCCCUUAGCUCAGAUUAUGGUGCGAGCGCUGGGCAUAGGAGUGAGUCUGCCGUGUGUCUAGUGCUGCCCUUGGCCCCGAGCCAGGCUGAUCUUCGUUUUUUCAGGGUGUAUUCGGCCGCCCACAAUUGUGUUGCUAGUCUUCGUGAGAGUGAAAAUAGCUGCCUAGAGCAGAUAAUCGCAAUGGUGAUGCAGGAGCGAGACCGGCGUAUCGAGUUGUCCCGAAAGAGAACGGAGCAGGAGAUCGCCUCCUUGCGCGUCUCGAUUGACGAACUCACCAGAGCCAAUGCAUCCCUUGCACAGGAGAAUAUGUCCCCACUUCCAAUGGAUUCGUAUUGCGAGGGUCUUCUGAAGGAAAUCAAAGCCCUCACCGAAGACUCUAGUGAGACUGAGAAAAUGAUUGCGGGACUCUUCUCGUGUGCAGCGGUCCUGCGACAGCGUCUCGCGGCGAUUGAUGAGAUUGAUCAUGGCAUAGAUGUUGAGUUAGCCGAAAUGGGAUGUGGGAAGUUGUCUGCUGACUCGGUGGCGAUAGGGCCGCUUGGUCAUAACCACGGAUUCUCAAUUAAUGGUAACAGCUCCUUGACACCGAUAACGUGCCAGGAUCCAGAGCUGCGCGAGAUUGCGCGUCAGCAAGUAAUUCUCUCUCGGGACUUAUCAUUGCUUCGACUCGAGAUUGCCAGCUUCAAGAUUGGAAACCACAUUUGGCAGGGGUUGUGGGCUCGCGCGAUGCGUCAGGAACUGCUCGUGGCUGUUAAUUUCGAGCUAGCACUCAUGGAGCACGUGCUGCUUGAUGGUGUGAUGAUGGAUGAUGUGCUUAGUAUGAAUGUUUUAUCAAGGAGUGAUACUCCUAGAAGAAAAAAGAUACGUUUCUCUGAAAAGGACCUGGGCGACAAGGCCAAGCAUACGAUUGCUCAGUUGCGCAAACGAUUGAACGAGUACCUCCACAAGCACCCUCAGCAGAGGCAACGCAUUAUGGGGGCAUCUACCAUUGAUGAUGACUAUGAUGAAAUAACUACAGAGGCUGAUUUGCUUGUCCUACAAGGGGAUGCUGCUGUAGGUGCAUCUUUGGAAGACCACCCACCAAAGACAGGUGUGCUCGAACUAGAAGUAUCCGACAUUCUCAACCCCCUAGCGCACCUUAACUUUCCUAGAGAAUCGUCCUGCCCUUCUGCUAGUGCGUCCCCAAUUUCCAUCAUACCCCCACAGGAAUUCGAGAAUUCCGAUCAACCGAUUCCACCACGCCUUAGUGGCACAUUUGGAUGCCAUUCUCGUGCGGACAGUCCUGCCGAUGAAUUCACACUAACACUGUUCAACAACUACGGCGACGAAAAGGCAUUGCAGCGUGUUAGCGUGCGCAAGUUGUUGGAGGAGGGUAUUGUUUGUGAGGCAUACUGCGUAAACGAACCCUUUAAUGUGGUCUACGAGAGAUUUUUGUCCCCGACAUCAACAGCAGGUCUGGCAGACUCAGUCUCUUCCACAACAACACCCGCUGUGGGGACUAGCACACAAACUUGCUUGCAAGGUGAUAGGAUUGACGUUAGUGACUCGAGUACAGACCCGCUCAAAGGCGAAGGCACCAAACCGAGUUCUUCAUUCAGGAGACUGGAAAGCGACAAGCGAAAUACAAAUACGAUGAGUGCUGCCACGCUGUCGCUGGGUAAGACGUCUUCGGAAAGCGCGACAAUGAAGGAUAGUAAGCAGGAUCAGUCAACAUCCGAUUCAGUGUCUAUGAGGGCGCGCUGGGGUCUCCUGAAGCUUGUGCGUCAUACUCGGUCCCGUAAAUCAGGUAGCCAGGCAAAGUCCAAUCGUAAAAAUCGCUAUAGCAAAACUUUAGGCGGCGAGGCGAAUGUAACCUAUUCGCUUGAUUUUGUUUACACCGAGGACGGCUUACCUCUCCCACCUCGGACUGUUGCGGCUUUAGCAUCGAACUCAGCACGACUUUCUAAUUUGGAAAAACUUGAUGACUCUCUGUCCUCAGCUACUGAUGCUCAUAGGGAGAUCAGAAGGCUCGCAUUAUCCGCGCAGGCUCGAUCAACUGCGGUACCUGUGCAUGAGCAUACUGAUGCUUCUCGCCAUGCACACAUCGCUAGUUCGUGUACACACACCUUAUCAAGAGAAAGUCACCUCUUCGCCAUCCCCCUUGAUGCACCAGAGUUAUUCCUUAAUGCGCACUUACUGGAGGCCGGCACGACGCGCACCAGCCCUGCACUUGGCUAUCCACAUGAACCCCUGAAUCAUCCUGAUGACACUCUACAGGUGGCAUUGGAGUUAAAUAGGCUGUCAUUUACCAACGGUGGGGUCGACUUGGAAGGUAAAGAUCAGCAGUUGCAGCAGAGGGAAACUCGAUCAUCGCAAGCUUCCUCUUCAUUAGGCCUUCCUCAUGAUGCAGAGCUUGAGGAUGGCAUGGCUCAGAUAACGUCCUCAGACGCCAGGCCCACGCAUGAUUCGUCCAUCGCCCUUCAAAUGUGUACAGUAAGACUUUCGAAUGACAAUGAACUUCUUCUCCCAUCUACAUGCGUUUCACUGAGCAAAUACACUUGCACCCUGCUGCUUCGCUUUCCAUCACCCUUUUAUUCUAAUAACACGCGUUUGGAAAGCGCAGAAGCGAUUAUUGCGGGGCUGUGCAGCCUCAUGCCGCACCCCUCUAUGCAUUAUGUUUCUGGAAAGGUAAACAGACUUGACUGUGCAAUGCAUCCCUUUAGCGAUACGCCGUCUUCAGCACGGACGCCGCCACCCUGUGAUACGACAAUUAGCGCUGGCGGUGUGAGCUCAGUUGUUCGCAGGUACGUUCACGUCCCCUACGCACUGCUGCUUUCGGGGAAAAUUCAGGAAGUUGAUUUUGCCUAUAAUGGCAACACUGUGAAUCUAGAAACGGAACGGGAUACCAUCAAAACGACACGCGUGCAGCGAGGGUGUUCACCAGAGCCGCGCCUAUUACGCUCUUUAGCCACACAUUGCUCUGGCAGUGGUAGUAGACCGCGCAGCGAGCGAAAAAAGUCGAAAGGUCGCACAAAUGCGGAUGUGGGUGCGAGCCCUGCGCAGGGGAAUGCUCCUGUACCUGUGGCAACGCUUCAGGUUUGGUUUCAUUUUCCUGAGUCGUCCGUCACGACCGAAUCGUCAGUGGUUUUGCCGGAGAACUUUGUGUCUCAUUCCAUCGCCAGCGCUUUUCGCACACUAGAGCAACUUCGUUCCGUCACCCUGGGUAGUCGGUCUGGCUAUGCCCUUCAUCAAUUGUCUCAUGGAGGAGUGGGGCUCAGAAAUGAGACUCGCUUGGUACUGCUUUUUCGGAAGCUGAAAAAUUUCCGACGUAAAGCUCGAGAUCUUAUCAAACAGCAGCUUUACGAGGCGGAGGACAUCGAAGACAGCAUUAACACAUCCCUUUCUAUGUACCCUUCGCAUGUAAGAGAAAUUCAACAUAAUGUGCGAGAAGCAAUAGGGUUUUUGGCUCCACCUCCAAGCAGUGUGAAUAUUGACCCCAUGUCCUCAGGCGUGGUUUAUCUGCCUGCUCCAGAUGCCAAAAGGCUGCCUCCUGCUGUUCCGAAUUUCCUGUUAAAUAGCUAUGUUGAUCCUUCCCGUCUUGCUUCACAUCAUGAGGUUUGUGUUAAACUGGGCCGCCAGCUGGGAAGCUCUUCGGUUCCAUGGACAAUCUGGCAAUGGGGGUUUCGCUGGGCUUCGCUUGGUCAUUUACGUCAAGAUCGAGUAUUUGCCCUGAAGGAGGGGCUAGAUGGUGUAAUGACGACUCCUCUAACUGAGACGCACAAAAGUGGCAGGAAAGGUGUACCAGCUAGUAGCCCCAUACCGUGCCCAAUCACAGGGACCACCAUCUCCACCGCCGUAAUGAUGAGUGGUACGAAUAGGUUUGCUGCUGGAUUUGACGCCUCUGGUCAAGGUCCUUUAUCCGACGACGGGACGCUAGCCUCCGAUCAGGAGGGCUUUGGCUUUGGGGCCAAUGAGGACUCUAUGGGUCAAACUUCUUCCUCUCUAUUGCAGGUGUGGCUUCCCGAACUUUGCUUCAGCCCCGUGCCACAGUUUUUGCUGUUUAAAGAAGAAAACACUUCAACACAACUGAGAUGA